CCACAUAUCAGUUCAUAGCAAAAAGCUCCACACCAGACAUGGUUGCUUCAAAGGGCUUCUCCUGUUUGUUUCUCCAUUUGCUGUUGCUGUCUUUCGUCUUUGUUGUGGCCAAUUCCCAGGGCUUGAAGGUAGGGUUUUACAGAAAGACAUGCCCCAAUGCUGAAGCCAUAGUUGAGAAGGUAGUAGAUCAAGCCAUGUCCGUCGCCCCAAGUCUUUCUGGGCCUUUGUUGAGAAUGCAUUUCCAUGAUUGUUUCGUCAGGGGCUGUGAGGGUUCAGUGCUACUAAACUCAUCGACACAGCAAGCUGAAAAAGAUGCAUCUCCAAACUUAAGCCUCAGAGGAUAUCAAGUUAUUGAUAGAGUCAAGUCUGCAUUAGAAAAAGCAUGUCCUGGAGUGGUUUCAUGCUCUGACAUCUUAGCCCUAGUAGCUAGAGAUGUGGUCGUCGCGAUGAAAGGACCAUCCUGGAAAGUUGAAACUGGAAGAAGAGAUGGAAGGGUGUCCAAUAUUACAGAGGCCUUAACAAAUCUUAUACCGCCUACUGCAAACAUAACCCAAUUGAAAUCAGGGUUUCAACAAAAGGGUCUAAGUGUAAAAGACCUAGUGGCGUUAUCAGGUGGGCACACCCUUGGGACUUCUCACUGCUCCUCCUUCUCAAGCCGCCUUUACAACUUCACUGAAUUUGCAAACCACUGGCUGCAACUUUACAGGCUGGACACCUUGGGUGCAGAGGUGAAGUUUUUUUGGAGUGAGGGGCACGUUUUGAAGAGAAGAGCCGCACUGGAGAAGAGCUUUGAUGAAGCACGCAUCCAGAAAAGAAAAUUGACAGCACCAAAUCUCAUCGUGGAAAAGCCCUACGUCCGGAUUCUCUCGUUUCGAAUGCUUUCAAUCAUUGCCGAUCCUCAUCCUCAGCCGUCCGAUUUCAAUCACAAGUGGAACUUUCUUCAUCUUCUAAAAAGAGGAUUAACGUGUCAAGCUGAAGUGCCAGUCAACUGGUGCCCUGCUCUUGGUACUGUCUUGGCAAAUGAGGAGGUUGUAGAUGGUGUAAGUGAACGUGGUGGUCAUCCAGUAAUAAGAAAGCCAAUGCGACAGUGGAUUCUCCAGAUCACUGCAUAUGCUGAUCGUCUUCUUGAAGAUUUAGAUGAUCUUAAUCGGCUUGAAAGUGUGAAGGGAAUGCAAAGGAAGGCUAGGGAUACCGUGACUAAUUGA